AUGGCGCUGGGAACCGUGUUUGUGGCUUCUGCUAUGGAGACACGCUUCCGCCCCGACACGGAGCUGACGGAGGUCAUGCGCCUGCGGGUGCAGUCGCUACAGCAGCGGGGGCAGAAACGGCAGGAGGGGGAGCGUCUCCUCAAACCCAACGAGGCCGUGUACCGUCUGGACUUCUCCCAGCAGUCCCUGAGCUUCAGCCACUGGUCGGUCCACCUGUCCGGUCCUGGCCGCCUGUCAAUCAUCGGCACCUCGCAACUCUGGACGCCUGACCUGACCAACCUCAUGACCCGCCAGCUCCUGGAGCCCCCCGGUCUGUUCUGGAAGCAUCCGGAAGACGACCCUCAGGCCCCUGUCCACUGCUACGAGGCAGACGCCCAGGAGUUCGGUGAGAGGAUAGCAGAACUGGCCAAGGUGCGUAAGGUGAUGUAUUUCCUGUUUGCUUUUGAGGAAGGUUGCAGUCCAGAGACCGUCGACUGUUCUAUAGUAUUUGAGACUGCCAAACAGUGA